UCAGAACUUCAGAAGUGACCCUCACUUGCUGUUUACGAAGCUGAGAAAGUAGGUCCCUGCCUAGCUAACCCAAAGCGCGCCUUACCUGCCGGUUGCCAUAGUCUCAAGAAAUUUACCGGCCGCUUUCUACAGAAACAGAAGACUGGCAACGAACUUGAAGUUAGCAAACCUCUUCUCCCCAUUGAGGUUCAGACCUGAACCGGUGUCAGCCACACAGUGCGCUCCCCAACUUGACAGAAACAAACCCAAGAAAAAGAAAAGAAAAAAAAAAAGGAAAGAAAGAUGGCCUUCAUCCGCCCCUUCAAGCCCUCGGACACAGAGAACGCAAAACACAUCUGCCGGGCCACCCUCCCGCCCUCGCUGCUCGCCUCCCCCGCCGCGGUGCGCAUGGCCCCUUACCUGUGGACGCUGCCGUUCACGCACCUGUUCCCGCAGAACUGCCUCGUCCUCGACGACGGCGACGGCAACGCUGUCGGCUACGUCAUCGGCGCUCCGGACGUGUUUGCGCUCGCCGACGCCUACCCGCGCUACGUCGCCGAGGUCCUGCAGUCGGACCAAGGGCGCGCGGAUGUGCCGCCGCCCGCGCAGCUGGACACGCUGGAGAGUCCGAGGGACGGAGAAGACGGCAGCGGCGCGGUGAAUGGCGGCUUUUUGGCGCAGCAGGCGUAUAGCGUCAAUUGGCUGGUCCUGGACGGCGUGGAGGGCAAGAGGGAGAUGGUGGAGCGGUAUCGGGCUAUGCUGCAUAUUGACCUGUUGGAGGGGUGGCAGGGGCAAGGGUGGGGGAGGCAGAUGAUUGAGAGGUUUGUCGAGGGCGUCAGGGGUUCCGGGAUGGAUUAUGGGCGCGGGAUCCAGUUGGGUGUGGCGGCGGAGAAUACCAAGGUGGUCAAGUUCUAUGAAAAGGUUGGGUUCAGGGUCUAUCCGGGCGGGGAGAAGGAAGGGGGCAAUGUGUGGAUGGUGAGGGAUCUGUGAUUGUUUGGGCUGGUUGUUGUUGAAGUAUGCCGCAUUCCCAGCCGGGAGAGCACCGAGCGCUAUAUUCGUACCUUAGCUAGGUAUGAAUGGAUCUGUUUUAAGACAAAUCCAUGAUAUGAUACCUGGUAUGCUAGCUGAUUCGCGGAUCCGAUCACUUGGAACCCCCGCUGCUGACG